UGUCAGUGAUCUAUUUCUGCUCUCUCCUCACUUUACUUCAGCACAUGGGAGUCUGUCAUGCGUCUGCAGCAAUGAGUUUAAUUAGAGGACUGGUUUCCACUCUAUACUGCCUUCCAAAGGUUUAUAAAUGGUUUUAUCGGCCCUAUUACUCGAUGUCACUGCUGAUGACCGUGGCGUUCCCCAUCGUGCUUAGCUGUCCCGGACUCUGCGAGUAUUUACCGUCUCAGAGAGAGGACAGCAACUCCUGCGCCUUUGACUGGAGGGAGGUGGAGAUUUUAAUGUUUCUCAGCGCUAUUGUCAUGAUGAAGAACCGCAGAGCCAUAACACUGGAGCAGCACAUAGGGAAUAUAUUUCUCUUCAGUAAGGUGGCGAACGUGGUGCUGUUUUUUCGAGUGGACCUGAGACUCGGCCUUCUCUACCUCACGCUGUGUGUGGUGUUCCUUAUCACAUGUAAGCCACCAAUCUACAUGGGCCCCGAGUUCAUCAAAUACUUCAGUGACUCAACUAUAGAUGAAGAGCUGCAGAGGGACGGUCGUGUGACAUGGAUUGUUGAGUUUUAUGCCAACUGGUCUCCAGAGUGUCAGACAUUUGCUCCUAUUUUUGCUGACCUGUCACUCAAGUAUGACUGCUUAGGCCUCAAAUUUGGAAAAGUGGACAUUGGACAAUAUGCAGCAGCUGCCGAGAGGUAUAAGGUAAACCCCUCGCCGCUCUGCAAGCAGCUGCCUUCUCUGUUGCUCCUGCAAGGUGGUCGAGAACUCAUGCGCCGCCCGCUAGUGGACAUGAAGGGACGAGCCGUUGGGUGGAACUGCACUGAGGAAAAUAUAAUUCGAGAGUUCAACCUAAAUGAGAUUCUCCAGAGAUGUAAGAAAUUUAGCAAAGGAGAGAAGCCUGAGGAACCGAAGACACUCCUGCCGGAGGCUCCUGAAUUAGAGCAGCCACAUGAGGAGGAGGAGGAGGAGGAACCAGAGAGCAAGAAAGACAAAUAAGACACAGAACGGAAAGGAAUUCAGCAUUUAUGACUAUCCUGAAUAGUGCAACACAUCAUCUACACAAAUGCCUCGCAUGUGGAAACAUUUCCUCUUAACUUUAAUCUUUUAUUUUAGUUUACAGGAAACGUUAGUUUUUUGGGUGGGGGGGGUGAAAAGUUAUGUCAGUCAACACACAAACAGCUGUGUCUGCUUUCAUAUUCUGGCCGCUGGCUUUUCAUAAUAAAUGCAUUCAGUGCGUCUUAAAGUUUAAUCAUUUUAAACUGCAUUAUUCUUUUAAGCCAAGGGGGUCUGUGGUGGUGCUGCAGGGGGUUUGCCAAUUACUGUCUGAUCUCAAAAUAUUAGGCUUUAAAUUAAAACACGCAACAUUAAGUUGACUUCCCCUAAAGAUAAUAAGCUAAAUGUUUCACUGUCCCCGAAUUACGGCAUGCCAGCAUCAUAAUAAAGUAUGUAAAUGCAUAUAGAUGACAUUUUAUUAUAGGCCAAGUUUAAAAUGCAAACAGGACGUCCCCGAUUGCGCUUAUAAUCCAGCAAGGAGUCGUUAGCCUCGAGUCUUUUAUGCUUUAUUUUAUGCAUGGUGACCUGUGUUGCAUUUGCACUUGAGGUUCAAAACUGAGUAAUUUGUGUUUGUUCGAGCAUUAGUUAUUAAAAUGACGCAUUCUACCAAAAACUUUUUUGUCAUCAUUCACUGAUUUAGAUGACCAAUUAAAAGCCACUGAGAGGUUGUUAUCCAGAGAACCUACUCAAAUAUGGUCACUGUUAUGUCGGCAAUGCAUAGAGACCUGGAUGAAUACUGUGUGAUUAACUGAGAGUCUGUUUCAAAAGUAGGUGGAAAAUUAAUAAAGCAAUGAGCCCCAAGAAGCCGUGGUUUACAGUGAAUUUAUAACAGCUAAGGGGCGUAAGCGG